CCACGGCGCAGGCUCGGCUCCGUUUUAUUUACGUUUCUUAUAAUAGGAUCCUCUUUAAACCGAGGGAGAGUCGAAAAUAAAUGAUAAUGAAAACGGCUGUCACGCUGGGGAAAAUGCAGUUCACGACACGCCACACGCCGAAAUGAACGUCGUUUCGAAAAGUCCCCGGUGGAAAAAAAGGAACCGACGACCUUGACCCCUUUGUUUUUCCGUUUCCCCUUGCCUUUAUCUCAAUCUUUGGAUGUUUCCUUCGGUUAUUCUUUCCACAGGAACUAUUAAAUUUUCUCGAGUGUGUUAAAAGUUUUGUCGAGGGUCGAUAAGUACGGUUUGAGAAUUUGACUUUUUGAGAGAUGGCAAAUUUAAUAACCCCCAUCCCCCCACUAUUAAGUUAUGGAUUGGAUCUAAUGACGUCAGAGCCAAUGGUGUGUUUCCUCGGUGUAUUUACAUGGAACGAUCCCCGCCGGAUAUCGGUCGCUCGGACGUCUCGGUAAGUGAAACGCAUCAGUUUUUUCUUCCCGGCCGUCGUAGUGGCGCGACGCGUCGCUCGGCCCCGGAGUCGAAAGACAAAGGGAUUCCAAUCGAAAUGCGGACCGGCCGAGGCGUAACUCCGAGCGCCGAGGUUAACCCGAUCCGACCCUGGGCCGGGGGACUUUUCGCCCGAUAACCUUUUUCGCCUCUGCCUCGCUCGGUUCCUCGACUCGGGAGGAGAGCUUUUUACAAAAAGUGGCGUACCGUUGACGCCGGGUGGAAGUGGCGGAGAAGGGAAUCGGCGAAUUCCAUCCCCCCCAUUCUCUCUCCCUCGCCCCAACCCCCGCUCCUCCACCUCCCAUUCCACUCUCGUUUAUCCCCGGUCUCUCCGUUCCAUUCCCCUUCUCUUCGCUUUCCUUCCUAUCGUCCGCCCUUUGCAUUUUAUUUCUAAAAAAAAUCCUGCCUAGUGUAGUGGGGGUGAAAUUGUGCCGGGGAACGAUCAAAUUUUGAGCUUUUCCAAAUGCCCCCCCUCUCACCAUCCGUGGGGGGAAAAAAGCGGCUUUCGGAUAUAAGCUGUAAGCCUUUAAAAGUAAGAACGUCCCCCUUUUUCUUUUUUCCCCCAUCGAGACGGUUCGUCUAUCAAAUCAGAAAUCAAAUCGGAAAACGAGAUUAAAAAAACUCAAAAAAGAACUUUUAAGCCCUAAUUGGCCAUUCAGGUGUUAUUGAUUUUCCAAGUGUGACGUCUUAAGCGACACUUUGUUUUUUUAAGCCUUUUCCGGAUCCGGGCUCUAUCGAAAAACAAUCAAACCUGAUGAAACAAAAAACAAAAACUUCUCUUUUAUUUCUUUAUUGAAAACGAAAGUCAACAAAAUCGAAACUCUUUCUAAAAAGGAAUCGUUUUGAAAGGAAAAAGCGAUUAAAAGGCGAUAAAGAUCGUAAUACGACAAAACUGUCGUGGACGGCGCAGCGAUUAGGGAGGUUGGCAAAAGUGUUUAUCUUUUAAAAGGAGUCCGGGAUUUGUCGAGGGGGGUGGUGGUAACAUUGUAUUAGUAAAUGGAAAUGGCCGUUUACCGUAAUUUCGAGAACAAAACAUAAAAAGGUCGAAAUCUUUCGACGGUUUAUCGUCUCGUUUGUCGUUCGACGAUUGUUUUACGAUUUGGACCGCGGGCCAUCGCUUUCUAAGCGCGUGCUUUUGUUUUGUCCGGUCCGCUUUUGACGGGAACGGAAAGGUUUCGCGAUGCCCGACCAUCCUUCGCCGAUAUUUGUUUGUUGUCGACGGAUCGGUUUCGAUCUCGCGGGACGAUUUUCGACCUAGGCGACAUGUCAACGUGUUUUACCAUUUUUAAAACACAAUGAAUAAAACGCGUUGAAAGAAAACAAAAGCGGUAUGUAGAAAAAGUAAGAAAAAAAGGCGCAAAAGGAUAGCGUUUCUGAUUUUUUUUUAUUCUGGAUCGUUUUUCUCUUUUUUUCCUCACUCCAUUUCGAUAUUUGUGGUGGAUUUUAAUCCAGCGGGAACCAAACUGGAAAUUAACACUUUUCCCAAGUUGUACGUCGUAAUCGUCGAUUUUUUUAAAACAAGAAAUAAUCGUUUUCCAGCAAUUUCUGGCUCCAGUAUCGCCGCCGUCCACUGCUGGAGCUAGGUUUUGGUAACGGAAGGCAUCGUGGACUCUUUAUCUCAAGCUCUGUUAGAGGGGCGUCCCUCCGGCUCUCUACUCCUAACUCCACAACAAUUGCAGCAACUGCAAAGAUUUCAAGUUGCUCAGGAGCAGGCGGGAGGUGCCUUAACCCUCACACUACAGCAGGGAGGUAGUGGGGUGGCGCCCCAGUUGGUACUGGCUCCUCAGGGUUUCUUGACAGCUGGAGGGGGGUCAGGUCAACCAACUGCAGAACAUAUUUUGCAUACAUCACAACAAAUUGGUCAUACUAGUAUUCAGCAUGUACUACAAAGCAGUAUUAGCCAUGUACGGCAAGCUAGCAUUUUGCAGUCGAGUCUUCAACUCCCUGCGACACAUACUACCCAGGUUACUAAUACAGGUGAACUUCGGAACUGCAGUGAUAAGGCAGUCGGUUCCCCUGUUACGAGCGUUGGAACACCAACAUCGCCCUUUUCACCCCGUUCACUCACCCCUUCCCCUUCUCCGACCCAAAGGGUUGUCACUCCUCAACCCCCUGUUCUUCAGCUCUUUCACCAACAGGCUACAACACGCAAUGCUGUUCAAAACAGUGUUGCAGCCCAGGCUGCAAUAAAGGCGAAACAGCCCCCUCAAAUACUUCCCAAGCCUCCCGGUAGUGGUGGGAGUUUGACAGCUUCCAACACAGUCACAAAGUCUGCCCAAACUGUUGCACCACAACAAAACCAAAUUCCCCAACAAGGAACUUUAUUGCUCAAUCAAGUGCUUCCAAAUGGUGCUGUGCUUGUGCAGCAACAGACGAGCAGUGGAGUGCAACUGAUUUUAAAAUCGCCUCCGCCUCAAAGUCAGGGAAAACCGGGGUUAGUCUUGGCGAAUGGAGGGAUUCAGCCUCAAGCAGUCAUAGUCCAAGGAAGGACACAAGCACAUCAGGUGUUGAGGUUCGUGCCUAGUCAAGUGCAGCUGCAGCAGAUUCAAACUUCAUCCGGUCCGACUAUCAUUGCUGUACCUUCGCCAGCUCCUCCCAGGACGGCGACUCCGUCUCAGCCCAGCCCCCUUGCACUGGCGCAGAAAAAGAUCAAAAAGAAGAAGAAAAAGGAAGAUGAGCCCACUAGGCUGGACCUUGCCAAUCUCAUCAAAAUUUCAGGCAUUGAUGAAGAAGACGUUAGCCCUGUGGUUGUACAAGGGCAGGCAUCGACUCAAAAUAAAACUACUUCAACUUCACCAAGGCCUUCUACUCCGAAACAGCAGUUACAGCAAGCACAAAUACAACAACACGCUAUACAGCAACAACAGCAGUUGCAACAACAGGUCCAACACAAUCAGCUUCAGUCUCAAAUUCAGAAACAGAUAAACCCGUCCCAACUUUUAGCACAAUUACAGACUCCAGCCCAGGUUGGAGGAGGCUUAAGGCUGUCUGUGGGGGAAGAUGGUACUAUGGUUGUUCAUCAAGCAGAACAGCCUACUGUUACCCCAAGUAUUGCUGCAGCGGCACAGAGUCAGUUAGCGCAGUUGAUUGCUGAACACGGUGGGCAAAUCCUGCAGACUAAUGCCAGCCUUGCUGCUAACAACACUACAAAAGAAACUGCAUUUAUGCAAUCUCUUCAAACUGCGGUUCUUCAUCUAGCAGGAUCUGGUCCUGAAGGUGUUGUGUUAAAAGGGAACCUAAAUCAAACCCCUGUAGUUGUAAACACAACAGGUAGUGGAGGUUUACGAAGAACACCUGUUGUUGUCACUCCUACCAUUCAACAAAAUGGUGUAAGGUUAGUGGCUGACCUCAACGGACAUCUUCAGCAAGCAAGCACAGCUUCAUUGACAGAACACAAUCGUUUGAUUGUGUCGGGCAUUGCACCCGCUGUACUUGAGCAAAACAGAGUACAGAUUGUCACCGGAGUACCGACUUCUACAGCCCUGUCAUUGGAGCAACAGCAAAACCGUAUAAUCGUCUCAACUGGGACACCUAAUGCAAUGCUCGCUCAACAAGGGCGAGUCCUUGUAUCAACUGGUUCCCUCGAACAACACCAAAAUAGAGUGCAGAUAGUGACUAGUACUAAUAGUGCAGUGUCUUUAACUGAACAGAAUCGUGUUAUAGUGUCAAAUGUUCCAAACAACAUGUCUCUCGACCAGCAGAAUAGGCUGCAGAUCCUCUCGGGCGUGCCCAAUUCAAAUAUGUCCUUAACUGAACAGAACAGACUACAGAUCGUAUCUGGAAUCCAAAAUUCUCUGACCGAGCAACAGAACAGAGUCAUUGUAUCUGGGGUCCAAUCGAACAUGUCGUUGGAACAACAGAACAGGGUGCAGAUUCUUUCAGGGGGCCAAAGUGCUGGCACAAUGGCCUUGGAACAAAAUAGAGUACAAAUAAUGUCUGGUGUUCAGAGCUCCCUCACUGAACAGCAGAAUCGACUGCAGAUUGUUUCCGGCGUCCCAAAUUCAAACACUCUUUCUCUUUCUGAACAAAAUCGGGUUCAUAUAGUUUCUAAUAUGCCUAAUGCAAACACUUUGUCCCUUUCUGAAAAGCAAAAUUUAGUACAGAUUGUCAAUUCUAAUAUAUCUUUAUCAGAGGAACAAAAUAGGCUACAAAUAGUUACUAGUGUGCCUACUUCCACACUAGGAGAUCAAAACAGACUUCAUUUCGUCAAUAGCAUUCCCAGUUCCAACUCCAUAUCGUUAUCAGAACAGAAUAGGGUACAACUUGUGGCAAAUGUUUCAAAUAUGGGAAAUAUGGCAAGUGUGCCUGUCUCUGCCUCAUUCCCUUUUUCAGAUCAGAAUCAUGUACAUAUUGUUACAAGUUUACCUAGUUCUCAGCACGAACAAAAUAAAAUACAUUUUUCGUCUCUUAAUAGCAAUUCAAUUAAUUUACACGAUUCAAACCAACGGCUGCAGAUCGUCACAUCUCUGCCUAACACUAUAAAUAUAGCCGAUCAUAAUAAAGUCCAAGUGGUAACCAGUUUGCCGACUUCAAACUCAAUGUUUCAUGACAACCGGAACAAAGUCCAUAUUGUUACAAGUACAACUGCAAACAGUGGUGAUCUUAAACAAAAGAACCUACUGUCAGGAUAUCACGGCGAAGAGCACAGUAACGUUCAAGUAGUGUCUGCCCUCAUUAAUAACGAAAAACUUUUAAAUUCUACAAAUGAAAACAAUAUGCGGAAUUCUGGCAAUAAUUACAAAUUUCAACAAUAUGUUAAACCUUCUGAAGUCAGGUUAACCCCACAACUUAUCCAUCAUCAAAAGGAUAAGGAAACGAUAAAAAACGAAGAGAGAGAAGAUGUUAAAUUAAGUUCCUCUAGUGAUAACCAUUUAAUUCAAACUGAAGUUCCUUCUCGAUUGCAGUAUGUUUCAAGUGGGGAAGAAGGAAGGGUACAAAUAGUAGGUGCUAAUAACCAUACAUCUGUAAUAGCUGCAUUAAACCAAGUUAGAAAUCAGCUACAUCAUCAACAACAGCAACAACUUCAACAUCAUAUGCAACAACAACACCAGCAACAACCUCCCCAGCAAAUAGUAUACGCCCAACCACAAGAGACCUCACCAAAAAUGGCAAAAUCACCCGCUCAGUUCAUUUCGCCGAGCCCGAUCAACUCUCCACCUCCUACUGCAUUCAACAACAGGCCUAAUCUAACCGUCGUCACUCAGCCGCAAAGGCAUGAGCAGACGCAUGUUAACAGCGUCCAAACGAACGUCAUGUCGACCCAAGUGAACACCAUCACCAAAGUUGACUCAAAUACAACCCCAGUUAAAACAACUCAGGCCAACAGGAGGACUUAUGACAAUGCUUUCUUAGAUAGUAUAGCUCAAGCUCACCCAAAUCUUGUGAUAAACAAAUCUCCCACUGCUAUCUCUUGUGCAAAAGUGAUGAAAGUGAAGAAACCUGUGAAAAAAGCUGCUUUAGUAAAACCAAUGAUGGCUGAAGACAGAACUGUAAUGGAAAAAGAGGACCCACCUAAUUUGAUACCUAUUAAUGUUACCACUGACCAUGUUCCUCCCGUAGUAUCCAGGGUGCAGACUGUACAACUCACACCUUUAAAACAGCAGCAAUUAAAACAAAUACAAGCACAAGUUACAGCACUCAGUGGAAACAAGACAAGGUCGCCAACUGAGCAAGCUACAUUACAAAGACUGAUUUCUGAACAGCACAAAAUUCUUCUUGGUGGGAAACUCAUACCAACGGUUCCAGGGCAACAUGCCCAGGGACUUGCUUUUGUAAAUCCUGGUGGAGGGACUUCAGUGAGACUUCUACCUGUUUCAACCCCUUCAAGGGUGUCCAAUUCAACUCAGUCUGAGGCUCCUUCGCCAACACAGUCAACUCCACCUCAACCUGUACUUUCGUCGCCACAGCAUUCCCAGCCGUCACCACCUGUGGUGACACAUGCGAACAAGGCUACCUCGCCAAUACCGCUACAGCAACAGGUAUCGACUCAAACUCCCCUUCCUCCACCUCCGCAGCCAAUAUUUUCCAAGGCCAAGAGGGCAUCAAUGAUAGAACAGCAAAUGCAGGCUGACAGACAAGGUGCCCUGGUCCCAGAUACAACAACUCCGUUUUUGAGCAAAAGCGAUGCGGUUAAAAGACUAAUUCGAUACCAUACAAUGAAUGAACCUGUUUUGAGCGAGAAAGAUCUUGAUAAAGCUGAUGAACUUUUUGAACAAACAGCGAAGCACUUAUUAGAUAAGAAAACAAACAUGUAUAACAAAUUCUCCUUUCUCAUUUUGAAGGAAAGCAUGAGGUUGCAGAAAACAAGUGAGCUUGUUUUGCUAGAGAGGUUAUUUGUCAAUGAUGAAACAGCCAGGCUGGAACAAAUCAAGGAAGAAGCAAAUCUGUUAGCAGCUUCUUCCACAAAUACAACCACCACCACCACUACUACAACUACUACGACUACUAUGACAACGAUAACAACUACCUCCUCAACUACUACAUGCUCUCAAUCAUCAAUGAAUGUGAAGAGGGAGAGGGAUGAAUUUGACAACGGCGAUUCCAAAAAGCACUGCCCUGAUGAUGAAGAAAUCAACGCGCAAGUGCAAUGUGCUAUUGACAGCAUACUGAAUCUUCAGAGGACUGAGCCAUUGGAUGAUAUAUCGGUGAAAAACUCAUAGUAAUCAGGAGCUCGAGUGCAAUUUUUUUACAUUUUUGUCACAUCAAGACCAAAACAGUAUUUUUUUUCUCAACAAGGAAAAUGGUAUUUAUUGUUAGGAUUUUGCUUCAAGGGGUAAAAAUUUUUUGGAAAUAAUUGGUAAAUUAAGAGUUUUAAAGCUAAAGUAGCAUUAUAUUUAAAUUUCCCUAUAUAUAAUGAUUAUCUGUAUAAAACAUUUGUAAUGUUUUAUUUUUUGAAGAGGGAAAACUUUUUUCUUCAUUGUAAAAGUUUUUAGGUUUUAUUUUUGUUGUAGAAUUUAUUUAUUUCUUUCGUUUUUACUAUUUAUUUUUUGAAAGAGAGCAAUUAAAAUUAAUGCUUAUAACUCAUAAGCAUCUUCGAGAACUUAUAUAAAUGUCCUGCAAGGACAUGAAAGCUAAAAUGAACAAAUUUAUAGCUUCAUGUAUUAUUUAAAAUUUUCAAUUCUGAUUAUAAGUCAAUUAGUUUAAAAAAAAUUAAAUUCAUGUUUUAUGGCAUACAAACAUAUAUCUACUUGUCCAACAUCAGAUUGAUUUUUUAGAAAAAAUAAGCUAAUUUUUAUAUGCCUACUUCAGUUAAAAUUUAUGUAUGGAAUGAAACAAAAUGAAAUAAAGCUGGAAACAUUGCUCGAUUCAAAUUUAUUAUUUAAUUAUUUAUUUUAAAUGGAAAUGUCAUUUGUGGUUGAGAUAACUUCAGUGUUUAAUAUUAUUGAAGACAAAAUUAUAAAUUUGUCACCAAGUACCUGAUAUGUCAGUCAUCUUAAAACUUGAAUGGGGCACUUGCUACUACUUUCUUCAAAACAAGCUUUAAUUUUGUCUUUGUAAGCUGGUGCUAUUUUUCUACGGAAAUGAAUUUGAAGUUUUGGUGUUGUGUGAUAGGUUUGAACCCUUUAAAGGGAUUCUAACUCAAAUGGAAAUUUUGUAAAACUUCAUUUCUUGAAUAUAUCCUGAGGAACUAAAUUAAAACAAGAAAAUGUUAUUUCAAUCACAAUCAAUUUUCCAUGUUGAAUUUAUUAUUCAAUUAGGGCUGUAUAUAUUUUUAAUUGCUCUCUUUGUUUUUUUUCAUUUUGUUUUUAUGCCCAAUUUUAUGGGUUUUCGUAUUUAUUGCUCAUUUGUUCCCUUUUGAUGAAAAUUGAAGUGCCUUUCAAAAUCAGUGUCCUUCUUUUUGGCCUCACAAUGAAUGAUUGAGGUAGUCAAAAGUCAAUUUGCAUAAAUUAAGCAAGAUAAAAGUUCGUUUUGCUAUAUAACAAAAUAAGUAAAUAAAACAGCAAAUAUCUUACCAUUUAGCCAAGAAAACUUUUUAUCUCAUGCUGGACUUUUAUUGUUUUAUUAUUUCCUGAAAAAUCUCAGUAAAUAAUUUAACAAAGAUUUUUGUUGUUGUUGUAGUAAUGUGAACCGUAAUCUUGAACAGCAAUUUAACUCCCUUAGGCAAAAAACAAAGAAAAAUGAUAAUUCUGUGCAUCUAACAUUCCCCAAAUAGCAA